AUGGCAGAGUUGCUUGCUUCUCUCCUUGCUUCGUUUCCAACGCGAUUCGUUUAUUUGUUUUCAGCUUACUGGCAGGAGGAAGAUGACGAGAAAGUUCUGGUGGACAACAAGUGCCAGUGUGUAAAGGUGACAUCCAGAUUUGUUCCAGAUAAAGAGAACCCUGAAGAAAAAGUCCUGGAGAGGAACAUCCGUAUCAUGAUUCCCCUCAACGCCCGGGAGAACAUUUCUGAUCCCACCUCACCCGUGAGAACGAAAUUUGUCUACCAGAUCUCCAAGCUCUGUGACAAAUGCAAUGACCCCCCGAGAACCGUAAAGGGAGUGACGUUCGGCUCAAGCACUUUAUGUGGUCAUCCUCAGGAACCCUGUUACACCUACGACCGGAAUAAGUGUUACACGGCUUCUGCCUUGUUCAGCCACAAGGGGAAAACGUCGACCAUUCAGACAGCCCUAACCCCUGAAUCCUGCUAUCCGGAUUAGACCACACAGCUGUUGUGUUUUGUUGAGCGUUGUGAGCAUGUCUACACCACAGAUAAUGCCCGUUGGUCCUUAUUAUGCCAGUGAUUGCUUCCACAUCUCAUUUCGGGAUGGUGCUGGAGGCAGUUACAUAUCCCAAGCUUCAAAUGUGCAAGGACCACCUCCACUCCUUCCUUUCUCCCUGCCAUUUUGGGCAUCUGUAAUUGAUCCAUGGACUAAAAAGUUAUACAAUUAAGAAGGGGGAGAAAGAGCUCAAAUGAACAUUCGAUAUUCUCCCAAAGGAUCCCGGGAAUUGUAGUUUGGCUUGGCUGCUGUGAGAAUUUCCUGAGGGAUCUUACUUCAGAUCUUUCUCUUGGAAGCACGGUCCUCCUGGGUGGAAGAGAGUAGCCAUCUUAAGUCUUUGGUGUAGACAUCCUCCCGUUGCUCUGAAUGCUGAAAAAAACAUUUAAAAGUUGUCCAUCUUUUCCUCUGCAUCAGCAGAAUGCUCCCCCUUGAUUUCUUCCUCACGCUUCUUCCGAUUUAAACCCCUUUCCCCUUAUUAACUGCAUUCUGUACUUACCCUUUUCAUUCAUUGCAUGUCAUCAAUAAAAAUAAUAUUUCAAGAAA